AUGGUCAGCAGAUAUCAGGGGAAUCCUAAAGAAGUGUCUAAUGAUAACGAAUUUUUUUCACAUGUUGCACGAAUCCCAGAUGCCAUGUUGAAAAAGGUUGAUCCAACGAAUGUUGUGCUUAUUGAUUAUAUGACAACAAUUGAUUCCAAAGUUGAAACUGGGAAGUUGUUAACGAAAGAAGGUGUGGGUCAUUCGAAGAAAUCUAAAACAACAAAGAAAGGUGUGAUUGUCAACCCUGAGCUAAAUUUUCACGAAACGAAGCAGUCAAAGUCUCCCAAGAAAACAACGAAGCCUGAUGAGUUAGUUUCAAAAGUUGUGAUAAAACCUGUUGAACCUUUUGUUAUAAAACCAACUUCAGUUACCAUUCCUUCGAAGACUGGAGUUUUUCAAAUAUUAAAGCUGAAAUAUGGUAGUUCUCCUACUUCGAAUGUGGUUCGCAAGCCUCAUAUUACUCAUCAAGGGACUGUUAUCAUACCACCUGAAGUUUCUUCUGCCAAAUCAUCUCAUGAGGAGGUACGAACUUCAAACAUCACUACAAACGUAUCUGAUACAGAUGUAAAUGUCAUCAUGGGUGAAGGAGAUCUAUCAAACAACUCAACCUCCACAAGACUCAGAAUCGAGAAUCCUAGAGAAGGUAGAUCAUGCGGAUCAGACAUUAGAGUUGAGGAUAAAUUCAUUCAAUUCAAAGUAUGUGGGAGUUGUGAAAAAUUGAAUAAUAUUCAAAAGGAAGGACACACAUUGUUCGUCAUGGGUGUCAAGAAGGUGAGAGAAGAUGUUAAUUUGAAGCUUCAAGUGCUUUUUUAUGAUACGGUUCGAGAAGUUGCAGUUGUUCAGAAAGACGAUGCCAAUCUGCUUUGGGGAGGUUAUUUCGAUGCUCAAAGAUUUGAAGGAGUCGCUGCUUAA